GGCAAGUUCGUAGUCCGCGCACACGCGAUGCUCUUCGUCUGCUCUGUCUUUCUCGUCCUCUGCGUCUCCGUGAGCCAGGGAAAUACGGCUGACGACAAUGGCCACUGCAGCGAUGAGCGGCACUGCGACUUAGAGGAAGAGCUGGAGGUAAACGAUGAGGAAGACGGCGAGCACAGCGAUCGUGGCAGAGCUAGCGAGCCGAGGACAGUCAAAAAUGAGUUUGUCCGCAUCGCCGGAGGAGAAUUCGUGAUGGGUACGGACAAACCGGUGCUGCCGCAGGACGGCGAGGGGCCUGCGAGGAGAGUGAGAGUCAGCGACUUCUCCAUCCACAGGUACGAGGUUAGUAACGCCGAGUUCGCGGCCUUCGUCUCCGACACGGGCUACGUGACGGAAGCUGAAACGUUCGGUAACUCGUUCGUGCUGGAGAUGCUGCUCUCGGAGUCCGUCAAGUCGGAGAUAACGCAAGCCGUCAUGAACGCGCCCUGGUGGCUUCCCGUGGAGGGGGCCUCCUGGAGACAUCCCGAGGGGGGAGACUCUGACGUUACUGCUGAUCGUCUAGACCACCCCGUGGUCCACGUGUCGUGGAACGAUGCCGUCAGGUUCUGUGAGUGGAUUGGUGGAAGGCUCCUGACAGAGGCCGAGUGGGAGUAUGCAGCUCGCGGAGGUCUGGAGGACCGGCUCUUCCCCUGGGGUAACAGUGCUUUACCCCGUGGUGAACACUGGAUGAACAUCUGGCAGGGAGACUUCCCCGAGAUGAACACGGCAGAGGACGGGUACAUCGGAACAGCACCGGUUGACUCUUUCCCGCCAAAUAGCUACGGUCUCCUCAAUAUGGCGGGGAACGUGUGGGAGUGGGUGGGUGACUGGUGGAGCAUCAGACACUCGGACCAGUUCCAGAGCGACCCUGUCGGUCCACCCUCGGGGAAGGACAAGGUGUGCAGCUAGGAGCCAGAACUCUCCAGACAGCUCUGCCUCAAAUCUUGGCUUCAGGUGUGCUCGUGACUCAGUAUAAACAAAAUAAUUAUGGCACCAGAAAUAUAUAUAC